AUGAUUCUAUUGCUUGGUGGUGAUAUAGAAACUAAUCCAGGUUCUCUUGAUAUACAAAGAAUGGGAUUAACAUGUCAAGUCAAAGGAGUUAUUAAAGGUACUGAACAUAAGGGGUCACUCAGAUUUAUGAAAGAUAUGUCUGGAGCAAAUGUAAUAAAUGAUGACACAUUUGCUUACCAGCAUGGCAAUGAUGUUCAAGUAGGGGGUUUUAGUUGGUCUCUCUUCUUUAACUGGCAUCCUGUACCAAAGAGAGAGCUACAGAGAAUAAAAAAUGACCAUACUGCUCCAGUCAGAUCUCCAACCAUGGCUGGUGGUUUAUUUGCGAUUGACAAAUCAUAUUUUGAAGAGCUUGGUACUUAUGAUCCAGGGUUUGAUAUCUGGGGUGGGGAGAAUUUAGAACUUUCAUUUAAGAUAUGGAUGUGUGGUGGUGUAUUGGAAACCAUUCCCUGUUCACACGUUGGGCACGUUUUCCGUAAAAAGUCGCCAUACCAUUUCCCACCAGGAACUAAUUAUGUAAACAAAAACAAUAAAAGGUUAGCCGAAGUGUGGCUGGAUGAAUAUAAAAACUUUUAUUACCGCUUACAACCUGUGGUGGCUAACACUGAUGGUGGUGAUCUCUCAGAAAGGUUUGCUCUCAGAGAGAGGCUUAACUGCAAGAGCUUCAAGUGGUACUUAGAAAAUAUUUACCCAGAAUCCUCCUGGCCUGUCAGUUAUAAGACAAUGGGAGAG